ACGUAUCAAAAGAUUAAUAAUAAACGUCAAGACAUUAGAAGAGUGUGCAUUCACAAUGAGAACAGUUGUAAUCACAGGUGCUAACAGAGGUUUGGGUCUUGGGAUGGUAAAAUAUUUAACCAGACAGGUCCAGACUGAAAAAAUAAUUGGAACAUGCCGAAAACCGUCAGAGGAACUAGAAAAAAUAGCCCAGGAAUCAAACAAACUUCAAAUAAUAAAUUUAGAUGUCACAGACUUUGGUAGUUAUGACGAUUUCACGUCCCAAAUCGCCAAAGUAACCGGUAAUGACGGUCUUAAUUUGCUAAUUAAUAACGCUGGAGUCACUACGAAGUUUACUAAAUUGAAUUUAGUAAAAACAGAACAGCUUCUAGAUAAUCUCACCGUAAACACUAUUGCCCCGAUCAUGUUGACGAAGUCGCUCCUGCCACUGCUGAAACAGGCCGCCGAGGUGAACAGCAACAUGCAAAUGGGCUCGUCACGCGCUGCAGUCAUCAACAUGAGCUCCGUACUCGGCUCCAUUGCACAGAACGAUCAAGGCGGCUUCUACCCAUACAGGUGUUCUAAGGCAGCAUUGAAUGCAGCUACCAAAUCUAUGAGUAUCGACCUAAAAAAGGUUAAUAUCCUGGUGGCAUCUAUGCACCCUGGCUGGGUACGCACAGAUAUGGGAGGAAAAAAUGCUCCGCUCGACGUGGAGACAAGCGUCACUGGCAUUUUCACCACCAUCCAGCGGCUGGGCGAAACUGAUUCCGGCAAGUUCCUGCAAUAUGAUGGUACCGAGCUGCCAUGGUAGCUGUCUUUCUUGAACAAUACCACUGUUGCCUAUAUUUAUGGUUCCUAAUAUAAAUCCCAAUUAAGUAAGAGAAAAUCCAGAUAUAUCAUAUGUAAAAUUACUAUUCGAAGAAAAUAAUGUGGAUAGAUUUCGUAAUCUGAUUGUAAUUCUUAUUUACAUUAUAUUUCUUAAAUCGCAAAGAUUCACGGUAUUGUUUUUCUUUUACCACCACAAAUGAUUACUAAACGUCCAAAAAUAUGACUGUUUCCACCUGUAAGUUUUAUGUAAGAAGCAUUUAUUUGUAAUAAAAGCAUUUGUUC